AUGAAAUCUGCAAAUAAAAAUAUUUCAGAUGUAUAUUUUAUGAAUUAAAGAAACCAUUUAAGUGAAAUAAAAAAUGAAUCUAUUUACUUAGAUUAUUUUGAUGAGCAUUAAUAAUAAAUUGAAGUACUGGAAAAAAAACUAUUAGAAUAACAAUCAAUUAGUUAAAAAUAAAUUGAAGAAAUGGAUUCAUUAAAAAAAGAUGUUCAAAGUGCAAAAAGAUUAAUUGAUUAAACAUAAAAUAAAUUAGAUUAAUUUUAUUAAGAAAUGAAGUAGAAAGAAGAAUAAUUAUAUAUUUUUGAAAAGUAGUUAAGAGAUAAAGAAAUGGAAUUGAUUAAUAAAGAAUUAUCAUUAGUGAAUCGAUAAACAUAAACAGAAGAAACUUCAACUUCAUAUUGUUAGGAAAAUAUUGAGUCAGAACAAUAAAUUGAUAUUGAUAUUGCUCAAUAAUUAUUCGAAAAAAGAAUUCAUAAAGAAUAUAAAGCACUUUAAGAAAAAUAAAAGGAAUUAUAAGCAAGAGAAAAUGGAAUAAUAUUUAGAGAAAACAAAAUAAAAGAAUUUAUGAAUAAACUAUCAUCUUCAAUGUGA